UGACUAAAUGUUUACAACCUACUUUAUACAUAAGAUCAUGCGUUUAACAUAUUUUACUUCCUGAUUUAUCCUUUAUAAACAGGUUAUUGACUUAAGAGGGAACAUAAAUAGUUAAAAAUGCUCUUUGGAAUUUUGAUAUUGCAAACAUGUUUGUUUGUGGUCAAAGGCAGUGUAAUCUUAUCCCCAUCUCCUGCUCUCGCAGCUGAAGGAGAAUCCUUUACAUGGACAUGUACAUACAGUGGAAGUGAGACAGUGUCAGGUUUUAUAUGGUCACUGAAUGGAAAUACACUUGCAGUAAUCAUAUCACCAGCAUGUACACCAUUUGCAAGUCCCGGACCACCAGAUUCCUCACUUUAUCAAUAUGCCUGUCUAUCUUCAAGUCAAGCAACAUUUACAGUUAAACAGAUUUCUAACAUGAAUAAUGGUAACAUUUGGCGAUGUGCAGUUGCUGCUCCAGGAUAUAUAUACAGUAGUAAUGUUACUGUGACAGUUCAAGUUUUUGUAAGAAGUGUUAGUUUAACACCACCUACUGGAUCUAUAAGAGAAAAUAUUGAGUCAACUUUAACCUGUGAGACAUCUACUUCACGACCUGCAGCAAAUAUAACAUGGUAUAAAGAGUCUACAACUGGUCAAAAACUGGUGGUAACAAGUAAAUACUUUUCUACAAUAGAAAGUGUUGGUGAUUUAGAAAAAUCAACGAGUGAGCUCAAGUAUACGCCAUCGAGAAGUGACAACACAUAUAAGAUAUACUGUCAAGCUUUAAACAUUCCAGGAAGAACCCCGGUGAUAUCAACGAAGUUUCAAAUGGAUGUUCAAUAUACCCCAGAAAGUGCACCUUAUAUACAAAACUAUUCUAAUGGAAAUACUUACAAAGUCAUUGAAAAUAACCAAGGUAAACUGUCAUGUAUUAUUAAGGGAGGUAAUCCACUAUCAACAUUGACAUGGAAUUGUUUUAACAAUGGAUUGUCUACAAAAACAAGUGGAACAACAGUUACUAAGACAGUAACAUGGUCUGCCACACGUGGUCCCGACAGAUCCUGUACUUGUCAAUCUUCACAUCCAAUAGCUGGGACACAGUCUGUCUCUGUCAGUGUGCAGGUUUUGUAUACGCCGGACAGUCCAAGAUUCAAAGUCAAAAGUACUACAGUUUCAGGGCCUAUUAACUUUAUUGAUGGAAAGUUAAGCUCUGUUGUUUGUGAAAGUAAUGGUAAACCUAACCCAGACAGCUACAGUUGGAGUCAGGCAGGUAGUUCUACUACAGCUGGGGAUACACUCACAUUUAACCCUGUCCAGAAACAAGAUGAUGGUCAGUAUACAUGUACAGCACAAAACACAAUGGUACCAUCAAGCGGAGAUACACAAAUAGGAAGUAAUAGUUCUACUGUAAAAAUAACUGUUCUAUAUGCUCCAGUGAUAACAACAUUGGAUAAUCAAGACAUUUUGGCAGGUUCAAAUGUAAGUGUUCAAUGUCCUGUAAUAAAAGGAAACCCUGAAUUUACAACAUUUAGGUGGACAAGGAAUGGUGAUAGCAGAACAUGGAAGACACAAACACUGUACAUACAGAAUGUUACUAAGUAUGAUGACAUGAUGUAUACGUGUACCGUACAAAACAUAUUCAGACCAACUGGGUUUCCCACGGAAAUGGGGAAACAGACGGGGUUUGACCUUGCAAUUAAAGUGGCUUUGACAGAUAUGAUUCAUACUUUAAAAACCAACUCGGAUUACUAUAUGGCAUCAGUAACAUCAUUUAUUAUCAAAGGAAGUCAAAGUUCACAACUUUCUGUCACAGUGGAUGAAAAAGCAGAUGUACAAUUCAUUUGCACGGUAGACAGUAACCCUGGCUCCAGUAUUAAAAUUCAACUUCCAGACAAAACAUUUUAUAGAAAGGAAAGUACCAGAACUUUGAUUUACAAUCACACUGAGGCGACAUGUGUUGAUACCGGUGUAUAUACAUGCUCUGCUAGUAAUGCGUAUAAUUUUGGAAAAGUAUCUGAGAAAAAUCUAACUCUGUUUGUAAGAUGUUAUCCACGGCCUUUGACGCCAGUAAAAGAAAAUGUAACCAGUGCCCUUAGAGUUCAAUCUUCCUUUAUCUUCUCGGGACUCGCAUACCCAACACCUACAUUUACAUGGUUCAGUAAACAAGGAACAACAUGGAAGGAACUGUCAAGCAAUAGUCAUGUGUCCAUAUCAAUAACAGGAGUAGAUACAAAUCUUACUAUCAAAAAUGUAUCACAGUCUGAUUAUGGAGAAUAUCAGCUGAAGAUUGAAAAUGAAAUUGAUAUCUUUAUACAACAUUAUACUCUUAUUCCAGAAGGUAUACCAGAGAAUCCACGGGGAUUUCAGCAUUUAUACAAAGAAUUGACAGAAUCAUCUAUAACCGUGCAGUGGAUACCAGGUUUUGAUAAUGGUCCACGUCAGACAUUUGUUCUAGGAUACAAGAAAAAUUCAGACAGAUUUUGGACAGAUAUUAACAUUCCUGAUAAUGGAGAGGAAAUCAUGAUCUAUACUGUCACAUCCCUUACCAGUGGAACACUGUAUAAUUUUGUUUUAUAUGCAAGAAACAAAAUUGGAAAUUCAAGCCAAACUGAUGUGUUGGGCAUUAGGACUGAACGAUCAUCAGAUUUUGAAACUGAUAGUUGCCAUAAUGAAAAAACAACAGCAAUAAUAGUUGGAUGUGUGCUAGGAAUAGUCAUAAUCUUACUGGCAUGUUAUGCUGGAUACAUCACUUUACUCUUGAAGCGAACAAAGGGUGAAAUACAUAAAAAUGAAAUGCACGUGACCUCCUCGACAGGGACAGGUGUCCCAGCGUAUGCUAAUUUAUCAUAUCCAGCAACGGACAAUAAUGAACACGAGUAUACAGAAAUGUCAAACGCCGUAUUUCCGAGUCCAAACAUUGAUACGAACGAGUAUAUGUCACUGGAUGACAAGUUGAGGGAAAACAAGGAGACAUAUGAUGUUAUUAAUGUAAAACGUUAGAAAUUGUUUAAAACAGAAUUGGAUAACAAGAUAUUAACUGGUACGACCUGUAAUGUUUGAAGAUGUUGUCAAAUAAUUUCAGUGUUAAAAUCACGUUGUAAUAUUUUUUAUUAUUGUUUGGUUGCCAUAUAUUGAGUUAUUUAAAAGUUCCACUUAUUUCAGAGAAUAAACAAUCUGACCUGUUGAUUUCAAGAUUUAUAAAAAAUGAUACUCUAUGUAUGUAGAUAAUGGUCAUAUUUACAUACUGUAUUGUUCAUUUUAAUUGAAUAUUGUUCGAAUUUGUUUGUAGAAAUUGAAGCUCUUUUAAAAAUAAUUUUAAUAAUUUAAAGUAGAAUACAUGAUAGAUGACAAAACAAAUCGUCUGGUCGUUUAACGAACACUUGAUAUUUUCUUUUGAUAUAUUAGUAGGCCAUAUCACUGAGUUUUGUGAAACAGGUUUUUUUCCAGAAAUUUGACCUAAAGGGUUUAUUAUACCUCUUCAUAAAAAGGGCGAUAAUGGUAAUCUUAACAAUUUUCGUGGCAUCGCAUUACUAAGUUACUGUGGGUAUCUUGACAAAUAUGGUGGAUCAAUAUAUGAUGCUCUGGAAAAUAUAUCACAUUACGUUUGAUGACUUAAAAUAGGAUUAUAUCAGUUUGUUGUUUCAUUAUUAUAGGUUUUAAAACUUUGACAUUCAAACAGUAUAUUUACUGCUUCACAUGAAAUAACACAAAAUAAAAGAAUACAAUUUGCAGAUAACUCUACUGUAAAAAAAUAAACAGAAAUACAAUUGUUAUCUAUUUGUCUUUAUAUUGCAUAAUAAUAUUAUUUAGUCCAAGCCAGAAACAAACAAUCGAUUCUAGAUAAAGGCAUGCACUCUUAACAUAUAUUUUGUUUAGAAUAAUUGCGAUGCAUAUUUGUCUAUCCCGUUCAAGUAAAUGUUUCUUGGUGAUAUAUUUCAUGAUGCAUUGUAUCAUGCAAAUGUCAGUCUUUGCAGAAUGUAUGUUUUUGUGAACCUAUUACUUUAAUGUUCCUCCUUUUUCACAUUGACAAAAACAUAUAUGUCAUUAUGCAAUUGGUUCUGGAUAUAAUAAAAUUUGUAAAAAUGUGUUACACUAUUUAUGCAAGCUAUUUGUCUUAAUUUUUGUUUGUUUGCACAAGAAGUCGCCAAAUAAUAAAAUGGUGAACACAGUAUGUUUCAAAUAUUGAAAUGUUUUUGUGACAUAAAUAUAUUGUUUGAAUACUAAAACGGCACAUGGUAUUUUUUGGAUCAUUGUACAAUCAUAGAUUUUUGUUAUCUGUAGUAAAUGACACUGAAAAGAACAAUUGUUAGUAGUAAAAGUAAUACGUAUGAUGUAGUUUUCACAUAUGUUCACUUUUUUAAUUAACCGUAAGUUGCUUGAUACUUCAUUAAGUCAUUUACAUUUCUUAAAUUUGUGUUUUAUAAACAGAAAAUUAUGCCUACAUAGACAUAUGCAAAUCUGCAAACGUAAAUAAGCGUAAUUUUGAAUUUGUACGUUAAUUUUAUGGUUACAAAAUAUUCGAAAUAAUCGAGUUUUUAAUUGAAAUAGAAAUAUAAUAAUCUGUAGAAUUCGUAGAAAGGCUGACAUCAGUCUUUUAAUGUGAAUACUGUAUUUGUACGUAAGUACAUUAACAAAGUGGGGCGCAUUUUAAUUAAAGUUGAUAGCUGACAUUUCACAAAGGAUUCAGUAAUGAAUAAUGUGACAAACAACUAAAUCGAUGACCUUUGUCUCAUUUUUGUAGUAUAUUUCCGUCAAAGUUUCAAAUAAAUUUGUAGGUUGUUGACAGUCUCCUCAUAGCUUUUCAUAAAAUAUCAUUAUUUCUUGUCAAGAGGUGGGGGGAUGAUAAUUUCAUAGUAUCCAAAUCUGAUGUUCAUAGGGAUAUCAUAAAUAACUCCUUACCAAAUUAUAAACAUGUACAGCAGUAAUGGAAGCCCAAUUUCAGAUAUCACAAUUAAAGUCCUGUGAUUCAAAGUGUGGGAUGCUAUGACGUGCUUAUUCUUUGUAAAAUGUCUGUCUCAUACUUUGUUCAAAGUAAUUGAAAAUAUGUUUUUAUUUAAAUUGAUCUAAUGUAGAUAAAGAAUUCAGUAAUUCGCUUCAUCGAUAACAUUCAAGAAAAUACAACUUUUUUAAUAAAUACGCUGCUAACUACCUUUUUUAUAAUAAUAUAUUUUACCAUGAAUACAUUGUCAAAGAUUCUGUACAUUGGGUCAGUUUUCUAGAAAGUUAAUUUUAUUCUAAUUUAUAAAUAAGAUUUCCACAUUAUGCAUGAUUUAUCUUUCUAAAGAAUACAAUUGCAAGAUGUUAUUUUGGAAUAAUAAUGUUCUUGAAUUUUGGAAAUAAUAAUGUCCUUGAUAAUUCUCUAAAAAAACCUAAAAACGAUCUUUGUGUUCCUUUUUUCUGUCUAUAACACUCUUCUAUCUUUGUGUUCCUGUUGGAUACAUUACAUAGUUUCCAUCAUUCAGCAAUUACUAUGAAUAAAAUGUCUUACUUACUUGUUGCGGAAUUGAUGUAAUGUAUUAAUUGUGUUAUGACAUGUUAAGUUGUUAUGCUGUUAAAAGCAAUUCAAAAAUUAAAAUAUUUACAGUUAAAAAGUUAAAAUAAGGUAUUACUAUUAUUUGUAUCAAUCAGUUAGUAGUUAUACUAUUUAUAAUGCAUUGUUUGGCACA